AUCAUCAGUGAGAUUUCAAAGAAAGUCGCUCAGAUCCAGAACGCUGGUCUCGGGGAGUUUAAGAUUCGGGAUCUAAAUGAUGAGAUCAACAAGCUGCUGAGAGAAAAAGGACACUGGGAGGUCCGGAUCAAAGAACUGGGGGGACCAGACUACGCGCGAGUUGGACCAAAGAUGUUGGACCACGAGGGGAAGGAGGUUCCAGGAAAUCGAGGAUAUAAAUACUUUGGAGCAGCCAGAGACCUUCCUGGAGUCAGAGAGCUGUUUGAGAAGGAGCCUGCCCCAGCACAGAGGAAGACCAGGGCAGAACUGAUGAAGGAAGUGGACGCAGAGUAUUACGGCUACAGGGAUGAAGACGACGGAGUGCUGCUUCCUCUGGAGGCGCAGUAUGAGAAACAAGUAUUUUACGUGAAAGUGAUGUUGGCUGAUGAUGAGGAGAGCCGAGAGGAGCAGGAAGGAGAGGAGGGUGGAGUCACCUUCAUCGCACAUGUACCUGUCCCCUCACAGAAAGAGGUGGAGGAGGCUCUGGUCAGGAGGAAGAAGAUGGAGCUGUUGCAGCGUUACGCCAGUGAAGCUCUUCAGGCUCAGAGUCAGACGGCCAAGACUCUGCUGGGACUGUGACCUGUCUGUCUGUCUGUCUGUUGAUGUAAAUAUGGGCUCAUUUUUUGGGUACUCAUUCUGUUUGUUAAUAAAGGCCUCUUCUGAUUGGUCA